UUUCUUUUGUAAUUCCCUGGCUCUGCUGUGGGACCCUGCAGAACCCAGCAGCUCUUCCUCCUUGGGAAAAUUGAGGAGAAAUUCAGUGUCCUUUGAAAAUGGCACCUCACAGAGCCCAUGAGCAACCAGCUGUUUGAUGAAUACCUAAAAAAAUCCAUCUUUCAGGGCUAUUUUUUGUUCCAAAGUAGGAAUCUGGUGUGCUGGGGAGGCUGAAGGGUUAAAUUCCCCACACUGUCGCAUAUGGCAGUGAGCAGAAUCACAGAUGUUGAUGAUACAACAUAAUUAGUAUUCUUUUAUGUAAAUGAAGGCUGUCAAUGUUACCACAGUGUCUGCGCUCCUGCAAGCUGGAAUUUCUGCCACUUGCUCUCACUGGGGUUAAGGAUUCUAAAUAAAAUUCCAUUAUUUUUAUACCCACACCUGAGGAGGAAAAUUAAGAGGAAAGAGGAGGGGAAAAAAAAAAACUCAGGGAGGGAAAAAGGUGAGGAAGGGAUUUUUCCAACUUGGCAAAAAAGAGACCAAAUCAAUCCUUUGUUUAGGUGAGGAUUUCCAAAACCCUUUCCACAUCUUGGGAUCUGGGAGGGAAUGAGCCCAGCCCAAGGGAAAUGUGGGAAUUUCUGAGCUGGUUUAAAUAAAAACCUCACCGGCUCUUUGGGUUCUGAAGUGGCCACUUGAGCUUUCAGUGGAGUCCAGGAGGAAGAACUGAAGAGCUUUGAUUUUCCUCUGAGAGAUUCCAUCCUCCACAGCACCAGCACUGAUAAAAGUGAUAAUUAAAGCAAAUUUGUGUCAUUUGGGGCCACUAAAAAAUGCGUUUCCUUCACCUGGCCGGGUCCCUGCCCACCCAUGCAGGUGAGGGAUCAAUCCCUGCCUCAAAGUUUUGGCAGGUGUUCAAUUUUGCACCUCAUAAAAUGAUGUUUUAACCACACAUUCUGUGUGCCAGGCCCCUGUGUAACUAACUUAACUCAGAUCCGUUUUUCCAUUCUCUUCUACCUCUGUUUUUUUCCCCGUUUUUCCCAUUUUUCUCUCCUCUGUUCUUAUUUUGUUGCACUUUCCACCUGCCAACUCCUCAUUGCUUCCUUUUUCUCGUUUGAAAAACCACCUAGAAAUGAAAUUUAACUCAGCACAGCUUUUCUUUUUUUGAUCUUUCCCCCUUCUCCUCCCCCUGUCUCUCACCAGGCAGUCAAAAGCAGCCAAAAAUCCAAGUGAUCACAGGAGGGGCACGUUUUUCCCUCCUGUUUGUUGCUUUUUUUUAUUUUUUUUUUUUUGACUCCCAUUUUUUCCCUCUGCCAUAUGUUGGGUCAUCCACUACAAAAGCCUCACCACGAAGAGGCACCAUGUGAUCAGCAGAUUUUUACAGCCUGCUCAAAUGAAAAAAACAAAAAAAAACAAAUGAAAGCAGAGAAUGAAAUGGAAUUUUGUGUGUCGACAUCUGAGGAUUCGGGGGGAAUUCCAGAGGAUUAUUUCUGGGAUAAAUUGAGUUCUGCGCUGAGGGGUUAAUGAUGCUCCUGCCAGCGUUCCAGGCUUGGUUUCUGUGCAUCACCAGGAUAUUUUCCCCUCUCUCUCCAGGGCUUUGAAGCUGCCUGGCAGGGAGGACUUCCCAGUAAUUAAAUUCUCCGGGAUCUGUGGGAGGAUGAUGGGGCUGCUGCGCGCCCGGCGGAGGAGAGGAUGUGUGAGCUGCACUCCGUCAGAGCAGCACCUCCUGUGAGACAUGGAUAGAUGCAAACAUGUGGGGCGGCUACGACUCGCCCAGGACCACUCGAUCCUGAACCCGCAGAAGUGGCAGUGCGUGGAGUGCCACACCACCGAGUCGCUCUGGGCCUGCCUCAAGUGCUCGCACGUGGCCUGCGGGCGCUACAUCGAGGAGCACGCCCUGAGGCACUUCCAGGAGACCCAGCACCCCUUGGCCAUGGAGGUGCACGAGCUCUACGUCUUCUGUUACCUCUGCCAGGACUACGUGCUGAACGACAACCCCGAGGGCGACCUGAAGCUGCUGAGGAGCUCCUUGGUGGCCAUCAAGGGGCAGAGGGGCGGGAGGACGCUGCGCUCCACGGCGCUGCCCGAGGACGCCUGGCGCAGGAGGAGCCCUCAGGGCCAGUCCCAGAUGCUGACGGCGCUGUGGCACCGGCGCCAGGCCCUGCUGGCGAGGGCUCUGCGCACCUGGUUCCACAAGAGCUCCCGGGGACAGCUGAAGCUGAAGGAGAAGAAACAGAUGGAGGAGCUGGAGAAGAAGAAGGAGGCGGCUCGGCAGCGGCGGCAGGAGAUGAAGAGGCAGCUCCUGGAGGAGCUGGCCAGCACGCCGCCGAGGAAGAGCGCCAGGCUGCUGUCCCACGUGCACGGGGAGAGCUUGAUCCCAAGGAAAUUCAGGGAGGUGGCCACAGCUUCCCCUACCUCAAGGCAGGUGCAGAGCAGCAGAUUGAAGCAGUUCUACUCCAUCCGGCGGCAGCCCCUGAUGACGCCCGGGGUGACGGGGCUGAGGAACCUGGGCAACACUUGUUACAUGAACUCCAUCCUGCAGGUGCUCAGCCACCUCCAGAAGUUCCGAGAAUGUUUCUUGACUCUUGAUCUCUGUGAAACAGAAGAACUUUUAGCUAAAACUGUGAACGGCAGGGCCAGGAUGCCCGGCAGGCUGGCCAACGGGGCCGCCGCUCACGAGCCGGGGAAGCCUGACAGGGUGGGCACGCAGAGCUCGCCGGCCGGCUUGAACGGCGGCUCCUCCAUCAGCAGGAGCCUGGAGCUGAUCCAGCCCAAGGAGCCCAGCUCCAAGCACAUCUCCCUCUGCCACGAGCUGCACACCCUGUUCAGGGUGAUGUGGUCCGGCAAGUGGGCCCUGGUGUCCCCUUUCGCCAUGCUGCACUCCGUGUGGAGCCUGAUCCCGGCCUUCCGCGGCUACGACCAGCAGGACGCUCAGGAGUUCCUCUGCGAGCUCCUGGACAAGGUCCAGCAGGAGCUGGAGUCCGAGGGCAGCAAGCGCAGGAUCCUCAUCCCCUUCUCGCAGAGGAAGCUCACCAAGCAGGUCCUCAAGGUGGUCAACACCAUUUUCCACGGGCAGCUGCUCAGCCAGGUCACCUGCAGGACGUGCAACUACAAAUCCAACACGGUGGAGCCCUUCUGGGACCUUUCCCUGGAAUUCCCGGAGCGGUACCACGCCCUGGAGAAGGGAUUGCUGCCCGUGCCCCAGGCUGAGUGCCUGCUGACCGAAAUGUUGGCCAAAUUCACCGAGACAGAAGCCCUGGAGGGGAGGAUCUACGCCUGUGACCAGUGCAACAGUAAACGGCGAAAAUCUUCUCCCAAACCUCUUGUUCUGAGUGAAGCUAAAAAGCAGUUGCUGAUCUACAGACUACCUCAGGUCCUCCGGCUGCACCUUAAACGCUUCAGGUGGUCUGAGCGCAAUCACCGCGAGAAGAUCGGGGUGCACGUGCUGUUUGAGCAGGUGCUGAACAUGGAACCCUACUGCUGCAGGGACUCGCUGCCCUCCCUGGCCACGGGCACCUGCGUCUACGACCUCUCGGCCGUGGUGAUGCACCACGGGAAGGGCUUUGGCUCAGGACACUACACCGCCUAUUGCUACAACACCGAGGGAGGUUUUUGGGUGCACUGCAAUGACUCCAAACUGAAUGUAUGUAGCGUGGAGGAGGUGUGCAAGACCCAGGCCUACAUCCUCUUCUACACUCAGAGAACGCCGCAGGACACAGCAGGAAUCCCCCAAAAACGGCUCCAAACUCAGGUGUUUGCCACCCAAAACCAGUGACAAGGACACGGCGCUGGCACUGCCACCAGGGAAACACGGGGAUCAUUGCCUCUGC